UUGCUAUUUCGCUUACUCUUAAUACCCUGUCCUGUUGUCAAGUUGAUGCAAUUAUUGCCUACAAAUUCUACGUGUAACGCGUGAAAGAUAAUUUCACACGUAUGUUUGCUGGAGAUAAUGUAGAAAUAAUAUCCAAAAAGUUGUGAAUUUCACCUACAAAAUGUCUUCUUCAGCGAUAUAUAUAUUGGAUGUGAAAGGCAAAGUCCUCAUUUCGAGGAAUUACCGCGGGGAUGUUGACUUGGGCAUCAUAGACAAAUUCAUGCCUUUGCUCAUGGAGAAAGAGGAAGAAGGUAUGCUCACUCCACUGUUACAAACUAGCGAGUGCACCUUUGCUUACAUCAAAACCAACAACUUGUAUAUAGUGUCUACUACCAGGAAAAAUGCAAAUAUAGCACUCGUUUUUGUAUUCCUGUACAAAAUUGUUGAAGUCAUGACAGAAUAUUUUAAAGAAUUGGAAGAAGAGAGCAUUAGGGACAACUUUGUGGUCAUAUACGAGCUGCUGGAUGAACUGAUUGACUUUGGAUACCCACAAACCACAGACAGUAAGAUACUGCAAGAAUAUAUAACACAGGAAGGACAUAAACUGGAAAUGCAGCCGCGCAUACCAAUGGCUGUGACAAAUGCUGUCUCUUGGAGGUCUGAGGGUAUCAAGUACAGGAAGAAUGAAGUCUUCUUAGAUGUUAUUGAGUCUGUCAACCUCUUGGCUAACUGUAACGGCAAUGUAUUAAGAAGUGAGAUUGUAGGAGCAAUUAAAAUGAGAGUUUACUUGUCUGGCAUGCCUGAAUUGCGUCUUGGUUUGAAUGAUAAGGUUCUGUUUGAGAGCACUGGCAGAGGAAAAUCUAAGUCUGUUGAGCUUGAAGAUGUUAAAUUCCACCAGUGUGUUAGAUUAUCACGUUUUGAGAAUGACAGGACAAUUUCUUUUAUUCCCCCUGAUGGUGAAUUUGAGUUGAUGUCGUACAGAUUGAACACUCAUGUUAAGCCUUUGAUCUGGAUUGAGUCAGUCAUUGAGCGCCAUGCUCACUCCAGAGUUGAGUACAUGAUCAAGGCCAAGUCUCAGUUCAAGAGGCGUUCGACUGCCAAUAAUGUUGAGAUUAUUAUACCUGUCCCAGCUGAUGCUGAUUCUCCUAAGUUCAAAACUACCAUUGGCAGUGUGAAAUACACUCCUGAACAAAAUGCCAUAACUUGGUCAAUUAAAUCAUUCCCUGGAGGCAAGGAAUACUUAAUGAGAGCUCACUUUGGUUUACCAUCAGUUGAGUGUGAAGAAGUUGAUGGAAAGCCACCAAUACAGGUUAAAUUUGAAAUCCCCUACUUCACUACUUCUGGUAUUCAAGUCAGAUACUUGAAGAUCAUUGAGAAGAGUGGAUAUCAAGCUUUACCUUGGGUGCGGUAUAUCACACAGAAUGGAGACUAUCAACUAAGAACUAACUAAUCAUUUAUAUUACAUUCCAUAGAUUUAAGAAGCACCAUAUUAUGUUAUUUACAAGUUGUCUAUUUUGCAUUAUUAAAUAUAGGUAUUAAAGUAGUAUUAUGUAUUUGUUUUGACUACAAUAAAUUAAUAUUCUUCAAAAUAA